AUGGAAUCAGACAAGCUACUACAUGUAGCUAACUUUAGCACGCUGUUUGUGUGCAUGGUGCUAAAGUUUCCGCAAAUAUUUGUUUUGAUGCGCGCGAAAUCGACAACGGGAGUGAGCCUCAACAGUCUUCUGCUGGAGCUAACAGGGUAUGUUUUACAAAGCAGUGCAUGGGUAUAUUAUACUCCAUCCUAAUAUUUGCCUUUUUAGGUUCUAUGAAUGUGUAAUUGGUUGUUGAUUGAUGUAUUGCAUGGUGUUUUAAUUGUAAAGUAGAAAUCGAAUUAUAUGUGAUGAUACAUAAUUGCAACGCCUGCGAAUACAAUGUAGCCGUAAACAUCAUGCAUAAAUUAGUUACAUUGUAUCUAGUGAACCCAUGACAUGCAAUACACUUCCUGCUGUCUGUGGUUGACUCAUGUAAAAUGAAAGUAAUAGACAUUCAGAAGAAUGAUGCCAAACCAUACAGUCAAUCAUGAUGACUUGUAUAGACCAUGUUGCAGUGUUGCUCUGAAUUGAAAUAUCCUUGUUGCAGGGCAAGUAUUUAUCAGAUUUGGUUCAGCAUCAGAUUAAGAAUGGCCCAGGGAAUUUGACCUCAUCCACCCAGAUGGCAGUCUGCCUAUUUUGUGACAAAAACAAUCUGUGCGUUUGCUUGUUCUAAUGGAACAUGGAGAAGUUCUAUAUUUGUGAGACAGUAAAUAUAUAAAUGUGAAGAAUAUCAGUUAUCAUCCUCCACAGCUCACUGGAUCCUGACACUGAGCCAGAAUUACACUGGCUCUCAGGCAAGGAAGGAGUGGUAGGCCUACAGCAUGGGUAGUUUACUGUCUGCCUGCUACUUCACAUGACUCAUCAUGGUUUGUUGACGUUGCAGUCCUUAAUUUCUCCUUUUAGCAACAUUUACAUUUUAGUCAUUUAGCAGACGCUCUUAUCCAGAGCGACUUACAGUUAGUGAAUACAUAUUUUUUUAUACUGGCCCCCCGUGGGAAUCGAACCCACAACCCUGGCGUUGCAAACGCCAUGCUCUAUCAACUGAGCUACAUCCCUGCCGGCCAUUCCCUCCCCUACCCUGGACGACGCUGGGCCAAUUGUGCGCCGCCCAUGAGUCUCCCGGUCGCGGCCGGCUGCGACAGAGCCUGGAUUCGAACCAGGAUCUCUAGUGGCACAGUUAGCACUGCGAUGCAGUGCCUUAGACCACUGCGGCACUCAGGAGACAGCAACACAUCAUCCUCUCACUUCUCUCAUAUCCUGUUGGCUUGAAGCACGUUGCACCAUAUAUCACGAUACACACCUAACUUUGUUAUUGUUCUGGACCAUUCUCCAAUUUGGAUCCUGAAGCAUUAUCGUAUGAAAAUGCCCUUAAAUACAGCGCAUGGUCGGGUCAGCAGUUUGCUCCCAUGCUGAUCCAUGACUUGCUUGUUCACUUUGUGUUCCCUGUUGUUCCUACACAACAUUAUUUUAUCUUCCAUAAACUUAAUAUCACAUUUCUGUGUUUUAGGUUCAUUGUGUUUGUCACCUACCAGAUGUCCAAUGACUACCCACCCCCAACCUACUUGGAGUACCCCAUCCUCAUUGCUCAAGGUGGGCCAUCUUUCUACCCUUGAAAUAGUCCUGUUUCCCUGUUAACAAUACUCUCCAGACAAGAAUCCAACCACAUUGUUAGCUGCUGACUUAUCUUGCAUCCCCUCAGGGUCGUUGCUAACCACAAAUGGUAAAAAAUUAAGAUAACCUAUUGUGGUUGUAACUCCGGGUAUUUGUUCCCCAGUCCUACAAUGGGUGGCAAAAUGGACUAGCCUUGCAUACCUGAUCUCUGUAUAAGUUUGUUACACAGUGAGUUACAGCAUGUUCUUUUAAUCCUGUUGUGUGCCAUUAUUUGUCCCAGAUGUCAUCCUCCUGCUCUUGAUUCUACAUUACAAUGGCAGCCUGAAGCAAAGUCUGAUUUAUGCAGUCGUGUAUCCUUCCCUGUUCAUGCAACAAACAAACACACACACUACUCCUGAUUUCACACACACACACACACACUCCUGAUUUAUGUAAUGCUAACAUUUUGGAAAUUGGUAGCAGACCCUUGACAUGGCUUGAUCAGGUUUGUGGGAGGCUGGCAACUACUCACUGUGCAGAAGUGGAUAAUUGAUUUGGCCAUGGUAAGUAGAAGACUGAGGAGAGAUGUGAAAAAGAGCAGUAGGUUAUUCAGACAGUCAAUGUCCACAAUGCCAGAAAGCUUAUUGAAUAAUGAAGAACAGCUUGCAAAGGACUCUUAUUAGUCACAUUGGUGAAAUUGUUUCCACAGCCAAAUAUAGGCAUAGCACCAGUCAAUGAUGAAAUAACAUUGAAAGGUCUUUUGAGCAAGUUAUCUAAAUCAAUUGUUUACCUUUCUUAACCUUUCCAUCUCUCUCAGAGCCUGUGUACAUUCAUCAGUGCUGGCAGUAAGUUUGCCCAGCUCCAAUGCCUGUGGCAGUCCAAGGACUCAGGCCAGGUUAGCGCCCUCUCCUGGGGUAUGGCAACCUACACAUGUUUUGGUGAGUGAACCGUUCUAAACUGCAUACACACACACUUGCCCAGCCCCAUAUAGGCCAUCACCCCUACAGACCUGUUAGGAUAUAAGUAUGAGUGAUACAGCAACAAAUUUCACUUAGCCUAGAGGGCAAAUUGGAGCUAUGACCAAGUGCCUGCCUAGGUGAUAUGGCAACCACAGCGAUGAAGAUAGUCAUGGAAUGUAAUAAUGUGAUUUGUUAACUGUCUGUUUCAGCAAGGAUUUACACCACCGCUGUGACAAGUGGAGACAUGCAGGGUAAGUCAGUCCUGCCACUGCAGUUAUCAGGUGUUGGCUGGAAAAUGUCUGUUAUUACUCAUUACAUUAGUGCGCAGCAGCAUGUUUCUCUAACAUCUCUGUUUUGUCUUCUGUUGUCCACAGUUCUGGUGCGAUUUAUUGUCAUGACACUGCUGAAUUCAUGGGUGCUAGCUACAGUCUUCUACUACAGGAAAAGGGCUGGGGAAGUACAGAAGAAGCAGGAUUAA